GGACUCUGACCAUGAGAAACAAGAUUCUCUGAAUGCCAAGAGUCAGGUCUGGAGGAAACCUGGCACCAUCCCUACAUUGAAGCAUGGUGGUGGCAGCAUCACGCUGUGGGGAUGUUUUUAAACGGCAGGGACUGGGAGACUAGUCAGGAUCAAGGGAAAUAUGAACAGAGCGAAGUACAGAGGGAUCCUUGAUGAAAACCUGCUCCAGAGCGCUCAGAACCUCAGAUUGGGUUGAACGUUCACCUUCUAACAAGACAAUGACCCUAAGGACACAACCACGACAAUGCAGGAGUUGCUUUGGGAAAAGGCUCUGAAUGUCCUUGAGUGGCCCAGCCAGAGCCUGGACUUGAAACCGAUCGAACAUCUCUGGAGAGACCUGAAAAUAGCUGUGCGGCAACACUCCCCAUCCAACUUGAAAGAGCUUGAGAGGAUCUGCAGUGAAGGUGCUUCAACAAAGUACUGAGGAGAGGGUCUGAAUACUUAUGUACAUUUUAUACAAAAGUUUAAUUUUGAUAAAUUAGCAAAAAUGUCUGUUUUUGCUUUGUCAUUAUGGGGUAUUGUGUGUAGAUUGAUGAGGGGGGACAAUUGAAUUAAUUUUAAAAUAAGGCAGUAACGUAGAAAAAUGUGGAAUAAGUGAAGGUCUGAAUACUUUCUGAAUGCACUGUACCAAUAAGUCCUUUCAAAUGUCAAGUUGAUUUCUUCGAAAACGAUCCCACUCUUUUAUGCUCUGUUCUGCUCUUUGAGUGCUCUAGACUGCAAUAGUGUCUUAGCUUAUUCUAACUAACAACCAGGGCUUGGUUCUAUUUUGGUCCCUAGCCCUUGACUCUUUUAGUGUUCACAGAUCCCAAAUGAUUGGACGCAUCUAAGCGAUAUGGUUUUGGCCUGUGGACUUAUGCCUAUAGCUAUCACAUCUAGUUCUUUCAGAUCUGUGAAUACCCUAGGGUAGGUAGGUUUUACGGGUUGGCCCUGGUCUUGUGCAAACAGAAGGUGGCUGUACCUGGGCUACAUUCAGGACUGUUACGUUGGGGCGUUACACAAAGCUUUUGUCUCGUUUACCUUACCAAGUUCUCAACAAUCUUACACCAUUGGACAGCUAUUCACUCUAGUUUUGUGAGCAUGUCAAGAAUGUGUGUUGGCUGCUAGUGACCGUUGUGUUAAGUGCACAAAACACAAUAGUCCUCCUAGUUGCCAUGCUUGUAAUGCUCUCAUGCAUUUAUGUCUGCAGCACUCGGUUCUAAACCAUUCACAACUGUUGAAUGAAGUUAGACAUAGCCCAGGCCUUUUGGUGACAGUGGAUUGUUAACCAGGUGUAUUGGCUCAUUGAGUGUCUGUAACUAGGUCAGGUGGUGCCAUUCUUGUGAGGUUUACAUUUACAAUGGUUUCAUUUCAGAUCCCUUUGCCCUUUUUAUAUAAAAUGCAUUGAUUUAUAAUGAAUAAAACGGUGUUCAACUUGUGUCAGUCGUCCACAAAAUGCAUUUGGAGAGUUUAAUUAUGUUUUUGUGGUGUCAUUUUCCCGCUCUGAUUGAGGGUUGCAGUAUGACUUUUGAGAACAUUUGGACACAACUGGGCAUCUAAUCUAACAAACCUUCUGUUCUCUAUGUCCCAGGCUGCUCCCUGCCCUGGUUCUUACUUUUCAAGCUAAAUAUUAGCUGUUUCAAUUAGAAAUGUCAUUUUAUUGAGAAAUGGAAAAAAAAUGUUUUAGCUCUGAUAUGGCCAGAAUAUAAUUUAUGGUUAGUAAGGGUAGGCAAAGUAUACUUCUCCGCUGUGGUAGGCCUGGGCUGUUUAGACAGGCAGUGUACACAAAACAUGGUGCUCUUCCUCAUGGGUGUGUCCAACACAGAGGGGCUUUCGCUAUUGGUGGAUGUUUCUCCUGGUAACUAGCAUCAGCUGUUACCAACACACAAGACACAUGAGACUCGGACUUAAUCUGAAUAUCGAUAAACUGCGGUAUAAUACCCGUGAACAGAGAUGAUAUGGAUUAGCUGAUUAAGAACAUCAUGGAAUGACAUCAUCCUCUCAUGUGGAAUUAGGGCUAUGUGAAAACCAGUGUCAGAUAUACAAUGGAUAAAGAGAUGCCUCCAGAAGGGGUUCGCAACUAGCAGAGGAGGAAAUCCACAAUCUGGAGGUGAACAGCAGGAAGAGGAGUCGCACUGCCCCAGGAAAAGUGCAGAGGAGAGAAUGGGUUCAGAACUCGAUCAAUAUUCGAACAGAACAAGGACCCUGUUUGCGGAUAAGACUUUGAACCCUACGACACCAUAGAGAUGGAGCGGUCGAGUCCACGCUCUCCUCAUAGUCCCCACUCCCGGCAAGAAUCCUGUAAGGUGUCACGUUCGUUUGGCUCCAGGGCUGAUGGCCGAGGAGGUAGCCAGGCGGAGCCUGAACAUCAAAGCGAACGUGUCCUACUCAACAUUAACGAGGUCAAGGUGCUUCGACAGAGCCUGGAGGGGAGCAUGCGGCGGAGCAGUGGCAGCCGGGGGUCGGCGGGGGAGGAGUCAGACGAGGAGUGGGUGGAGGAGCAGAUUGAGAGGGAGGAGAGCACGGAGAGCCUGGAAGAGUUAUGUCUGCCUCCUUCCUCCUCCAAUAAAACAUCUACUAACACAAACCAUCCGCGAGCCACUGGGCCCAAAGGCUGCCUUCACGACCCUGCAGACCUUAUAGUGCUGGACUUUGGGCCCUCUCCUAAAGGCCAUAAGAUCGAGCGUUCGCUGUCGGCCAAGAGGAAAGACAACCUGGAGACCUACAUACCCACCAAGCCUCUGCUGGUGAAGAGCAAAACUCUGGACAGGCCCUCUUCAAAAGAGUGCAGGGAUGGUAGAGAUCCUCAACGGCUGUGGAAUCAUGUAGAGCGCCCCCUGUCUGCAGCAAGGAAGGCCUCCCAAGAGGAGCGCGACUCGGAGGAGACGGCGUGCAGGGUACUCCAGGCCCUGCAGAGAGAGAACAGCCCACUGCAGAGCCACGAGCCCAGGGCCUUCAGCCGCACCCCGGUGAUGGGAUACCAGAUGAUGAACGGCUCGCUGCGUGACGACGAUGAUGACAAAUAUGAAAGUGGGGUGACCAGAGCCAUGCAGAGAGUCACCCUCAUGGGUCCCAGGCAACAACAGAGACUACUAAAGGCGUUGGAGAAACUAGAGGCAGGCACAAACUUUGAAAUCCCUCAGACAGUGAAGACGGAUAAUAGCAAACCACCGAGGAGGCGGGUCUCAGUGGAGGCACCACCCACCGUGUACGUCACCAUGGAGAUCCUGAGUAACUGGGGGAACAGGUGCCAGGUGGGGCUGACGGAGAUGCAGUUCUUCGGCCCAGGGAACAGGAAGCUGUACGUGUCGCCUCACGACCUGGACAUCCGGAACACCGACUACCCAGGGAACCUCAGAGUGCUAGUCAACGGGAAAGCUAAGACCACAAAGGAGUGUCAUAUGUGGACCUGUCCUUUCCAUCUUCCGGUCCAACUCUACUUCAUCAUCAGGAACACAGAGCGCUCUCCGGACUUUGGGAUAUCCCUGAUCAAGAUCUGGAACUACAACAGGAGCCUCAGUGACCUGGACGUUGGUGCCCGGCAUGUGAAUCUUUACCUCAACAGCACGCUGGUGUUUGAAGGUGAGCUGGACAAGGGCUGUGGCAACCAGAUCUUUGAUUACAGCACCAGCAUCGACCUCCAGGCACUCCAAGUCCCAGAAUCCUUCUCUCCCAGCCCAGUGGGGUCCGGCCACAGUCUGCGGGGUGCCAGCCCACAGCGCCAUGACGAGAGUGGCAUGUGGGUGGAAAGCAGAGGGGAGAAUCGAGACCCCAACCACGGACUCUCUGAGGGGCUAGCCCAGGUCAGGAUAGACAUGCAGGAUAAAAUCUACAAUCCCCCCUCCCCCACAUCUACAAACUGUCCCCCCCUACAGAGGGACUCCUUUGACAUGGACCCUCCGGACCUGGCCCUCCCCCACCCCCCUCUGAAACAGCAGCUGGAGCAGUCGGGUCAACCCACAGUCACCACCCAGCCUUCUUCCUCCAGGAGUCCCCAGUGGCUACAGCCCCUGGCCCGGAGUGCCCCUGAGGGCUGCGAGGCCGGAAGGGAGAGACCCCUCUGGCUAGUGCCCCAGCAGUCUGUGGAGCCCAAACCUCCCCUCCCCCAAUCCACCUCUACCUCGGUGCUCCCGGAGCUGGGCUGUAACCCGGGGAGGGUGUGUCGGGGGGUGGAGAGGACUGUGAACGAGGGCCAGUGGAGUGCAGACUCUCUGGACCUGGGAGGUGAACUGCUGGAGGAGCUGAGUGACCAGCAGCGCCAGGACCGGCCUGUUGGUGGACGUAGGAGCUCAGGCAUGAACAACAACACUAGUAGCAGAAAACCAGCAGAGGAGCACCAGCAUGGAGCCAUUGGACUGACCACAGAGGAGCCAAGUUCAGUGUCAGACAGCAGCAACAAGAGGCAGCAUCGUACCCCCCAGGCCACACUCCACAGCCGGCAGGCCCAGGAUGAGAACCUCAUGGAGUCCUGGGACUCCCUCACAAAGUUCAACCAGUGCCAGCGUGGUCGCAUCUCCAACAUGGGCUUCGAGGGCGACAUCUUUGACGAGUUCCUCCAGCGUUCCUCCAGAGCCGCCACUAUCGCCACAAUCACCUUCGACCCAGCAGGCCCCACCUGCAGUCCCUUCCCCUCCUCGUCCCACCUCUCUUCACCCACCCCUCAAGGGGGCUUCUGCGAUGACCCGGUGGAUGACCUUUCCGCCGAGCCAGAGUUUGAGAUUCCGGUCCUCCCACAUGGUCAACGUCUGGUCAUUAACAUCCUGUCCACAUGGGGCGACCGUCACUACGUGGGCCUCAACGGUCUGGAAGUCUUCAGCUCCAGCGGUCAGCCCGUCCGGCCCGCCCACAUCCAAGCCAACCCGCCCGAUAUUAACGUGCUGCCCGCCUACGGCAAAGACCCGCGCGUGGUCGCCAACCUAAUCGACGGAGUCAACCGCACGCAGGACGACAUGCACCUGUGGCUGGCGCCGUUCACCCAGGGGAUGAGUCACGUGAUCUACCUGGAGUUCGCUGGGCCAUGUCAGGUGGCCAUGAUAAGAGUGUGGAACUACAACAAGUCCAGGAUCCACUCGUUCAGGGGGGUGAAGGAGGCUGAGAUGCUGCUGGAUGGGAGGUGCAUCUUCAGGGGAGAGAUCGCCAAGGCGUCAGGGACACUGUCUGGAGGUCUGGACCAGUUCGGGGACACCAUCUUGUUCACCACGGAUGAUGAGAUCCUGGAGGCAAUGUCGCGCUACGACGAGACGUUCUGCAGGGAGGCGGAGGGCUUCGAAGAGCUGGUGGGGUAUGAGGAGGAGCUGCAGAGGCCCCGCACAGCCGACGGAGAGGGGGAGGACAGACCCUUCACCCAGGCUGGCUUCAGACCCGAGGACGACCUCGCUUUAAAACUCCAUCUGAACCCUACUGAUGGUCAGUCUGAGGAGACCCUGGAGCAGAUCCCAGGAAUGUACAACGGAAAGUGCCUUAGGAUAGAGUUGAGUAUGACGUGGGGAGACUCCCACUACCUGGGACUGACAGGGUUAGAGGUGGUGGGGAAGGAGGGGGACAGCCUGCCUCUGGACCUGACCAUGGUGAAUGCCUCGCCACGGGACCUCAAUGACCUGCCUGAGUACGGCCAGGACGCACGCACCCUCGAUAAACUCAUUGAUGGCCACAACAUCACCACUGAGGACCAGCACAUGUGGCUGAUUCCAUUCUCCUGUGGCCAGCACCACACCCUGACGGUGAACUUUGACAAGGCCCAGACGGUGGCUGGCCUCCGCAUCUGGAACUACAACAAGACCCCGGAGGACUCCUACAGAGGGGUGAAGGUGAUCCAUGUGUCUCUGGAUGAUACGCUAAUCUCUCCAGCAGAGGGCUUCCUCAUCAGGAAGGGACCAGGGAACUGUCACUUUGACUUUGCUCAGGAGAUCCUCUUCAUUGACUUUCUCCAGACCCCCACCACUGGCCUGGUCAACAGCAAGAGUAGAGCAGAGGACUCGGCCUACACACUCAAGGCUGGCUCCAGAAGACAGGAGCAAGCCAGCAUGGACUACGAGGCCCCCAUCAUGCCUUGUGGAUUCAUCUUCCAGCUGCAGCUGCUGACCACCUGGGGUGACCCCUACUACGUCGGCAUGAACGGCCUGGAGUUCUAUGACCAGAACGACAAGAAGAUACCCCUCAGUGACAACAAUAUCGCUGCGUUCCCAGACAGUGUGAAUGUCUUGGACAGUGUGAACGGUGAUGUGAGGACUCCAGAUAAGCUGGUAGAUGGAGUGAACAACACUCAUGAUGGCAUACACAUGUGGCUAGCACCGGUACUCCCCGGACUGGUGAAUCGCGUGUAUCUCAUAUUUGACCAGCCAGUGACCGUGUCCAUGAUCAAACUGUGGAACUACUCCAAGACACCACAGAGGGGGGUAAAGGAGUUUGGGCUGCUAGUAGAUGACCUCCUGGUGUAUAACGGCAUCUUGGACAGUGUGAGCCAGGCGGCGCGGGGCAUCCUGCCCACCUGUGACCCGGCGGUGCCCUACCACACCAUCCUCUUCACCGACAAGGCCCACAUUGCCCACCGUGAAAGGAACACUGUCAUCAGCCCCCGCGGUAGCAGACAUCGCGAUCUGAAACACAAUUAUGUGGAGGACCAAGAUGUGAAGAUGACCAAUGAGAACGAGAUAGUCCAUCACCACAAGAAGAAACAAACAGCUGAUCCAGCGCUUCGGCCUAAAACCUGCAUGACAGACACUGGGAAGCUCGGGAAAAGGAGGUACUGACAGAUGGACUGACAGGCAGAUGAUCGGACAGACGGACGUUGAUGAAGUCCCACUGGUCAAAUGGAAGGAACAGAAAUGAAAGGAUGACGGUUUACUGGCAAUCUGCACUAUCCCAUACGGGGGACUUUUAACACAAAGCCUUGACCAGCUGAAAAUAACCAUUUCCAUUGCCCUCCAUCAGUAAUUACACUGUAGGGAAGUGUUGCCUAGUGACAGCCCUUGUGUGUACGGUGGGUCUACUUUAGAAGAGGACAGAGCUUGUACAGAACACAUUUUGUUUGUAUCCAUCUGGCCACAGGAUCAGCCUUCCAUUUUCUGAUUGGGUUGGUUUUCUUGCCACUCUUUCUCUCUAGACUCCUACGUUUCAUCAGAUUAAUAGUACCUGUGUAGUAUUACUACAUCACAUAAUACCUGUGUAGUACUACAUCAGAUGAAGAGUACGGUACCUGUGUAAUACUACGUCAGUACUACAUCACAUGUAUAGAACCUUUGUAGUAGCACCUGUUUUGAUUGUCCUUUUCACAGUGUCAGGGUGAACCUAUAUAAGGCUGCUAUAUCGGCCAUCUUUGUGCCUAGUUCUAUUACGACUCCUAUCUGUCGCUGCUUCUCGUGGUGUUGUGCUGCAUUCUCCUGAUGCACAGAUACUCAAAUAUGAACUCAGUGGCAACAAGUACACUAUUAGUAGAUGGGAUCUAGAUCCUACAUUUAUAAAUGAGUUGUGUUCAUGAAAAGCCUAGUGGGCUAUAAGUUUGAUAGCCCCUAGCCUAGUGGGCUAUAAGUUUGAUAGCCCCUAGCCUAGUGGGCUAUAAGUUUGAUAGCCCCUAGCCUAGUGGCAUAACACAUGAAAAUGUAGUAAUGCACCUGCAAAGUGCACCAACACAUAUGAAUGCUAUGCAGUAAACCUGUUAAGAUUUUCUCACGUCUGUUUUAUCUAGGUGCAUUCUGUGGCAGAUGGGGUUUUAAUACAAAGGGUGGAGAAUAUGACUGUCUUUUCCAUAAAGUUGAAUCAAGCAGAAUAUUGGUCACAUUGAAGCAAUAGGUCUGAUACAGUUGAGCCAUGCAAGACCACUCCAUUUGCCUGAAGGCCCAAUGCAGAUGUUUUAUAUCAAUUUUAAAUCAUUUCUAGGUAACAAUUAAGUACCUUACUAUAAUACAAUUCUGUUAAAAUGGGAAAAAGUAGCUUUUUAGCAAAUAACUAUUUCUCAAGCAAGAAUGUUCCUACGACUGUAUGGGAGUGGUUUGAGUAGGGAGGAGGAAACUGAAAACUAGCUGUUAUUGGCUGUUAUUGGCAGAGUGGUUUGGAACUCUUUGUUAUUGGUCUAUUAACCAAUUUACCGCAUGGUGAUAUCACCAUGGAAAGCCGAAAAUCCCGCCCAUGCAAACCUGCUGAUUAGAAGGACCUAUCAGGAUCACAUUUUUUCAUACUUAGUGUUAGUUUCAUCAACUGUUGUACAAUAUGAUAUAAAACACCGGGAAAACACAUUUUGACUGCACUGGGCCUUUAACACAGAAACAGUGCACUUGCUUCUUAGAUGUACAUUUUACAGCACUGAAUAUAUUCAUAUAUAAUAUUUUGGAUUAAUGAAUAUAUUGGUUCAGUGUGUGUGUGUGUGUGUGUGUAUGUAUGUAUUGUAUAUAUAUAUAUAUAUAUAUAUAUAUAUAUAUAUAUAUAUAUAUAUAUUACACACACACACACACACAGUUAUUAGAAAAACUUAUUUGAAAAAUAAGUGACCUUUAUUGAAGUUGUUUGAUGUGCAAAUAUUUUUUGAGACAUUUGUUCGCGAAAAUUGUCAAAUAUAAGUAAUACCAAAAGUUUAAUUGGAGAUAUAUUACCAAUAUAUACAUUGUUGUGUGAACAACAUGUUGACUUUUGGUUGAAAAACACCUAAGAAUAUGUAACCAGAAACAACUUAAUAUUUAAUAUGCAAACACUGAAACCAUACCUCAAAUAGGGAAGAUGUGAUCUAUAAAAGGGAUGGCUAUUUGAUGAAAUCUUGUUUUAUCUUGAAUGUUUGAGUAAAUGUUUGAGUAUAAUCCAGUUGCCGUUUUAUUCUUAUACCCAGUCGUAUUUGUUGCAUGGACAAGUUACCACGGUUGAGCCACAAUAUAGCCUAUUUCUUACUUUAUACCCUUAUACUGUAUAUGACAGAGGAGUUGCAUUUUUUUUUAAAUGCUGUUUUAUGUAUUUGAUUUUAAAAUGUCAGUCUACAGGUAUAAGCUUCACACUGCAUCUCAGUCAUGCUUUGAGUGAUGAUGGCUAUUACUUGAUGUGACAUUCUGUUUUGAAAUAUUUUAUUUUUUUAAUCUUGUUAAAAAUACGUGUAUAUUUCAUGUAGGUACAUUUUAAUGAAUUAAAUAAUUGAAAAACCAAGUGACA